ACUGGGUAUACUUUUAUUUUACUACUGUACGUAUACGUACGUAUUCGGGGGCAAGCGGCAAAUUCGCAGCUUUCGACGGCCACGGCCGAUGAUCCGGCGAGCGAGCAGCCGCCUCCUCCCGGCCGUCCCUCACCACACGCCCCCGCCCCGCCGCGCCCUCGCGGCCAGCGCGGCGCUGCAGUGGCUCGACGACGAGCUCACCUCGCUCGUCCUCCCCGAACCCAGGCCCGUGCCCGGGGUCGACGCGCACGCGUGCGCCAGGCUGCUGCAGGGCUGCUUGGCGCGCGGCGACGCCCGCGGAGGCCGCGCCGUGCACGGCCACGUCGUGCGUAGCGGCGUCCUCGACCUCGACAUCUUCUGCGCCAACGUCCUCAUCAACCUGUACGCCAAGCUCGGGCCCUUGGCCGGCGCGCGCAGGGUGUUCGACGCCUUGCCGGAGCGGAACACGGUGUCCUUCGUCACGCUUCUCCAGGCCCACGCGCUGCGCGGGGAGUCCGAGGCCGCGGCGGCGCUGUUCCGGAGGCUGCGGCGGGAGGGGCACGAGGUGAACCAGUUCAUGCUCACCUCCGUGCUCAAGCUGGUCGUCGCCAUGGACGACGCUCUGGGGCUCUCCUGGGCCGUGCACGCCUACGCGUGCAGGCUGGGCCACGACCGGAACGCCUUUGUCGGGUCCGCGCUGGUCGACGCCUACUCCAUGUGCGGGGCUGUCGGCGACGCAAGGCGCCUGUUUGAUGGCAUCGUGGGUAAGGACGCCGUUCGCUGGACAUAAAAGAGCACUCUUCGUUCGGCCGAAUCAUGUACCAGGUUGGCAUCAAUCAGCACGGUAAUUUGCAAAACAAAACAAAAAAAAUGCUUGCUUGAUUGGACUUAGCAAAGGUAAACAUGCAAUAGCUCCAACGGUUUUUUCAUGAACAUAUCUCAUUGUGAUGUGUAUAUGCACCUUCGCCAGGCUGUUUUCCUUUAGAGAAAACGCAAAAGGCUUCCGUCUCGAUGUAUUGAGAAGGUAGAAAAAGAGAGGGAGGGAGAAAGAUUAGUGCGCAUCCCAAUCAACUGGGAUUAGAACACGCAACUGCAGAGCACCUGCACGAGCCGAAUGGCCUGCCUCAUCCCUGAUUAAACCUGACAGCCCUCUCCAGAAUGUUACAUUCAAGGAUACAGGAAACAUCAUGUUUUGCGUGGUUUCUUGUGAAACCCUCUGAUAAUGAAAUUGCCUUGUCAUUGUCAAUGAAGAUUAAAGAGAGAGGGUUGUUUUGGCUAUGAUAGCAAUAGACUUCGAACAUUUCAUCUUUCUCCUGAGAACAGGGAUUUAGUUGGCAAAGUGCGGAUACUGCCUUUAUCGAUGAUUUUCUUGGGUAUCCUGAAAUGGAUCGGCGAACUGAACACCAUUGUACAUCUCAACGGGCAGUAGAAUGACACCUUCAAUUUGUUUUCCUGGUUAGUGCUGAAGUUUUGAAAAGUUAACCAGGUGUGAAUAUUGAAGCUCACUAAAUUUAGGAUCGAUGAAACAUACAUCAAAGCUGCAUAUUUGAUGUUUCAGAGAUACUUACUUUUAGAUAAAAAUAUUAUCACCUAGCUAAGAUUGGGAAUGUACUGUCCGAAGUUAAAGUUCAGGGAUGUAGGUUCAUAUCACUCUGGUUGAUUCACACUUCUUAAUGGAGCUUAUGCGCAGGGGAAUAAUUUUCCUGUAAUAAUUGUUAGAGCUCACAUAAUUUGGCGUUAAGCAUACUCUUAAAAUUGAAACUUCAGGUUUCGAACCAUGCUUUCGUACGUUUGGGUGCAUUAGCAUAUCUGUAUUGUGCUAUCAGGCUAGAACAUGGUGUCAUACAGAACGCUUUCUGCAAUGAUUUUAUGAGUCUGGCUCAUAGCAUUUGUGAUUACUUGUAUGAGGAUCUGGUUUGCAUUCUCUCUUUGGUAUCAGGCAAUACCUGUCCUACAGAUCAUAGAUUCUGGCAACCUUAUUGAGCUAUAUGGAGAAUUGGUGCAUUUUGCUGGGAAGAUGACGAACUAUUUCUUCAUUCGCCUGACCUUGAUGUGUGCAUUGCAUUAAUCACGGGGUGUUAUCCCCAAUCCCAGGUGACUGGGCAGCCCGUAGCUCACGGCGCCGGAGAUGCCUCGUGGUAGCUACGGCCCUGAGGCGGACAUCUGGAGCGCCGGCGUCGGUCUUUCUACAUCCUCCUCCUCCGCGGCGCCCAACAUGCAUGCAUGCACCAACAGAAGGCGAUCAUCGGCAUCCAUGGUUUGAAAUUCGAAUUGCAGAGACGGGAGCAGGGGUGCGGCGCAUUCGAUCCUUGACGGUGCGGUGGACUUGUGGCCUUGGAUACGUGCGGCAGUUUUGGUGUACGUGCUUAUGAGUUGUGACCAUGCAGUUCUCGAGGUCUGAAUCCAUGGUUGCCGGUGGCAUCAGGAGAGCGUUUCUGCCAGUGGACUGAGCAGUUGAAGACUCCUGAGUAACAGCCUCGUGAAAGAUGUUCAGAAAAUCGCGCCCACAGUACGUGCCAGACACACUGCAUGGAAGCAAACAAUUCCAUCGCGUUCGUGUGCGUGGCAUUUCGACUUUAAUUAUAUGGAGUCAUUAUGAUUAUGUU